AUGAGCCGCCAGGUUCGUCCCCUAUUCCGCUUCGAGUGUUACGUCCGUGCCGCCCCCUCAGUAGCGGGAGGCUUUUGUGAUUUAAUUAUUACCGGCAAACCCCUCAACUCAAAAGCCACUUCCCUUAUCAUCACGUCACUCUCCUGCCGCUCAACUCACCGCCUCUUAUUCUCCCGCCACAGACUACCGCGCACGAUUAUGGCCCAAAAGCUCAUCGUCGUCGUCGGCGCCACGGGCAACCAAGGUGGCUCCGUUGCCCGCCGCUUUCUGGCCGCAGGUUACCGCGUCCGCGCCCUCACCCGCGACACCUCGACUGCGUCCGCUACUGCCCUGGCCGCCCUCGGCUCCGACGUGGAGCUGGUGAGCGCGGACCUCGAAGACGUCACCUCCAUGGAAGAAGCAUUCCGCGGUGCUAAUGUCAUCUUCAGCGUCACAAAUUACUGGGAACCCUUCUUUCGUCCAGAUUGUCGCGCAAAGGCACAGGAGCAGGGCAUAUCUUGCCGGAAGUUUGCAUACGAUGUCGAGUUGCGCCAGGGACGGAAUAUUGUCGACGCUGCGGCCAAGACCGUGGACACGCUCGAUGAGAACGGAUUUUUGGUUUCGACUCUGAGUCAUGCCGAGAGAUGCAGUGCUGGGCGGUUCAAGGAGCUGUAUCACUUUGAUUCCAAGGCCGAGGUCUUUCCUGGCUACGUAAAUACGAAGUAUCCCGAGCUUGCGGCGAAGAUGUCGUGCAUUCAUACCGGAUACUUUUACACCAGCUACAAUAUUCUACCCAACUCUUAUUUUGGAAAGAACCCCGACGGCACAUUUACCAUGGCUUUUACUACCUCCCCGGACAAGCCCGUUCCGCACUUCUCACCCGUCGACGAUAUGGGCAACUUCACCUACGCCGUUUCUCAGAUGCCUCAAGGCAAGGCUUAUAUGGCCGAAGGAACAACUGCCACUUGGCCCCAGUUCCUCGAGACAUGGGCAAAGGUAAACGGAGUUCAAGCCAGCUAUAAGCAGAUCACACCGGAAGAGAUGAUUGAGGCGACUGGAGAGCACGACACCGGCAUCGAAGUCGCGUACAUGUUUUCAUAUUCCUCAGAUCCGGGCUACGAUGGCGGUAUGGAUCUGCUUACCGCAGUUGAUCUCAGAAAGGCCGGUGUCGAUUGCCCAAUGACGACUUGGGAAGAAUGGUCGAAGAAGAAUGACUGGUCAUCUGUCCUGAACAAAUGA